AAUGGAUAAAAUGGGAAAACGGGUUGAACUUCACUGGGCCUUAAAGAGCCAGCCAUUACGUGCCUCUGGAGAACUCUUAUGAGCACCAAGACUUGGGAUGUCCCACUGUAAUGCCGAAUCAGCUUUGCAUUGGUUUCACUUUUCCGGUCAGGGGGAACUUGUGCGCUUUACUAUUCACAGCACAGAGAAACAAAGGCUGAGCCUUUAGACGUUUAUCUAUCUGUUCAAAGUACUCAUUCCUGGAAGUGAAAGUAACCCAUGAAGCCGUGUCAGUCUGGAAUCACCAGGAAGCUGGAGGGAGCAGGAGAAGAUAAAGUGUAUAGACAGACUCAGGGAUGCGAGCCCACCAUCAGCACCACUGCUGCUCCUCUGACCGCUCCAGGUGUGGAUACAUUUGUUUUUCUACGCGGGGGAACUGAUAACAGUAUCAAUUUUCGACACAGAGAGCGCGAAACGAUAUUAUGACAUCAGCCAGGUCCACAAUGUGAUACUGAAUCACAUAAGAAGGAAGAUGAUUUAGGAAUGCUACUCUACAUUUGAAAGCAGCUGUUCCCUCCGUUGUUGAGGCUCCGUCAAAGAUGCUGAAGACGGAGGCCUCGACCGAGAGGACUAACCUGAGGAGUGCCUCUCCGCACAGGAACGCCUACAGAGCAGAGUUCCAGGCUUUGAAGAAGGCUUUUGACCAGCCCAGGCAGGAUGGUGACCCCAAGAUCAAGGACCCAGAGCGUGUCCGGCAGCCCAGGGGUCGGCAGUAUGGUGCCCACGUCAGUCGAAUCAAGGACAUGUUCAUGCAAAUGGGCACAGAGACCCCUGGGUCUGGCAAGACACGAACAAGGGACGAGAGUUCUCCGCAGAAACUCACCAAGCCAACAAACUUCGUCAACAAAGCAGAUGGUUCGGUAAUCAAACUUCAGCAUGCUGAUAGAAGCAGCAGUGGCCACAUCUCAAAGUUCUCUGAGACCAGGAAGCUCUUCGAGCAGAGCUCUAGGGAUACAUCCCAGUCUCCUGUGUAUUCCUGUGGCAGAGAUAAGAGGGGUUCGCAUGAGCAUCUGGAUGACUGGAGGGGGGCACGGUCCAACAGGGGUAGCACAGACUCUUUGGACAGUCUUUGCUCACGAACGGAGGCUUCCUCCCCCACCGUCAGCCAGCUUAGUGCCGUGUUUGAGAAUUUAGACCAGCAAGGCACUGGUCCUGCUCCCAGGAGAGGCCAUGUAGGUGGACGGGCUCUUUACUCUCCAGACAGCUCGCUUAGACAUGGGGAAGCCAGUGAGGAUGACACCAGUGCCCGCCAGUCUCCAUCAAGGGGUGUCUAUAGGACCCGUGUUGGAAGCAAGCAAACCCUUCCAGUUUCUUACUCAUCGGAAGAUCUUCUCAGCCCUAGCCCUUUGUCAGAGAUGGCAGAACAGCCAAAGGCAGAUCAGGACCAGGAGAAGGAGAAGAAGCUCCAGGAAAGGACUGUUGCAGAGACCAAUCAUGGGGAUGCAGAAAGUCUGGAAACUCUGGAUGGAUCCAUUGAGCCAAAGCACACAGAAGAUGCUGCUGGAGUUUGCACCAACUCUGCUCAUGCCAGUGAUAGUACAAUCUGUGACAAACCACAGGAGGAUACGCCUGACUCUGCAGCUGUCAUGUCUCGUAAGGAAGCAGAGGAGACAGUCAGAGACAAAUGUGGCCGGAGUGCAGAGGAUCAAAUUGGGGAGCCCAAUGAGGAAUACUGUGGCAACGAGAGGGUUAUUUUCAAUGCAGAUGGGGAUGCUUGCUACCAGGGCUGGGGAGAGAGCUGCACCGACUUAGAGGAUGAUUUGUAUGGAGAUGAUGACGCUAACUAUGACCCUGGAUCAGAGCUCACUGAAGUUCCUGGUCUUCCAGAGGAGUCCAAGGAGGAUAUUCCUCAACGGCGGAAAAUACGAUUCAGCACUGCCCCAAUAACAGUUUUUAAUACCUACUCAAACGAGGAUUAUGAUCGCAGAAACGAGGAGGUGGAUCCAGUGGCGUCCUCAGCGGAGUACGAACUGGAGAAGAGGGUGGAGAAACUGGAACUUUUCCCAGUGGAGCUGGAAAAGGAUGACGAUGGCCUGGGCAUCAGUAUUAUCGGAAUGGGAGUCGGUGCAGAUGCCGGCUUGGAGAAGCUGGGGAUCUUUGUUAAGACUGUUAUCGAAGGUGGAGCGGCGGAGAGAGAUGGAAGGAUUGAGGUGAACGAUCAGAUCGUGGAGGUGGAUGGCACCAGCCUGGUGGGCGUGACCCAGAGCUUUGCUGCCUCUGUGCUGAGGAACACACAGGGCGUGGUCAAGUUCGUGAUUGGCCGGGAGCGUCCGGGGCAGGAGAGUGAGGUGGCUCAGCUGAUCAGUCAGACUCUGGAGCAGGAGAAGCGGCAGAGAGAGAUGAUGGAGCAGCAGUACGCUCAGUACGAUGCUGACGACGACGAGACGGGAGAGUACGCCACAGAUGAGGAGGAGGAGGCGGAGCCGGCCGCGGACAGAGAUGUGACCAUUGAGGUUUUCGAUUUGCCCGAAAACGAGGACAUCAUCUCACCGUCUGAGCUGGACGCCACCAAGCUCUACCAGAAGUUCAGAGAGCUACAGAUCAAGCACAGUGUUACUGAGGCGGAGAUCCAGAAACUCAAGAACAAGCUGGCUGCAGUGGAGAAGGAGAAGGCACGCUGGGAGCGUGAAAAGAGUCAGCUUAAACAGAGCAUUGAGGAUAAUAAGGAGAGGAUGCUGAAACUGGAGAGUUACUGGAUCGAGGCUCAGACACUCUGCCAUACAGUAAACGAGCACCUGAAGGAGGCGCAGAAUCAGUACCAGGCCCUGGAGAAGAAGUAUAACAAGGCCAAGAAACUUAUCAAGGACUUCCAGCAGAAGGAGGCAGAGUUUGCUCAGAGGGAGGAAGCAGAGAAGAAGAAACUGGAGGAAGUGGAGAAGGCUCAUCUAGCUGAGAUACAGGGGCUGCAAGUGAGGAUUGCAACACUGGAAUCUGAGCUGAUGCAGCUGAUGAAACAAAAUGGCAUCCAGGUAAACAACAACAACAACAGCGCAGAGAGCCGAGCGCAGCUGAAUGAGAGGCUGGCUGCGCUCCAGUGUCCUGGGAUCCGCAUCCCUGGAGGAGUGAUGGGUCAGAGCCAGCUGUCUGGAGCCAGUGGAACAGACAGAGCGUAUGAAAGAGCGCGAGAUGGAAGCAGCUCAACUGAUUGUGUGGAGAGCCUUAAACCACGGGGGUCUCCUAAUGUCUCUUCUGGUGGGGCGGACUCCAGGAGGCCCGGCAGUGCAGAGGCGUCACUCGGACACCAGCAGCUUCGGCACGGGCCUGGGAGUGAGGGUUCUGCAGAGGUGCUGAGCCCUUCAGCAGCUCCAGAUGAGAAGUCCAGUAAAAGGCUGCCUGACCUGAGCUCUACAGAACCAUCUGCAGAGAACAGCCCAGAGAAACACAAGAGCAAGAGGUCUUUUUCCCGGCCGCACUUCUUCUCCUAUUCAUAUUACUUGGGUCCCACUUUAAACGAUGACCUCAGUAUCAGCAGCUCCAGCUCAGCGGAGAUCACUGGGGUGGUCACGGAGCCCAAGCUGUCAGGCCGUUCUCAUACACUAAUGCUGUCUUCAGACGAGAGUCUGGAUAUGGUUGAUGAUGAGAUCCUGGAUGAAGGGCAACCUCCAAAGCAACACCACUGGCAGAACCGCAGUGUACUGGAGUGGUCCUGCCAGCAAGUGUCCUGCUGGCUUAUGGGUCUUAACCUGGAACAGUACAUUCCUCAGUUUACCGCCAAGAAUGUGGACGGAGAACAGCUCCUGCAGCUUGACAGCACUACACUCAAAGCUCUUGGUGUAGCUUCCUCUCAGGACCGAGCUCUGAUUAAAAAGAAGCUGAAAGACCUGAAGAUCCUGAUGGAGAAGGCCCAUAGGAGCCGGGAGAAGCUGGAGAAACAGCACGAGAAGGUUCGCAAGAAGGAACUCGAGCAGCUGCAGAAAGAAGGACGCAAAAGCAGCAAGUCAUCCUCAGAGCCAGGAGAGGGUGCUGCAGAGUGACAAACCGCCCUGCUGAACCAUCAACCUGUUUCUACACUGGAAAGCGUUUUAAUGAGAUGAGUCUAGCAUACCGUUGAUUAAUGGAACAUUAAUGAAACUUAAGCCUGUGGUCUCCCUUCUGUGGACACCACAGUCCCACUGUAAGAGGAACUGCUACUGAACUGCCACUGAAACUGAAAGUGAAAUCUGUCAAGUGAACAGUCCUGAAGAUCUCCUGAAGUCUGUGUGGAAGGAUUUUGUUUACGUUUAAUUGUACAGUCAAUUCAGGACAUUUUUUGGGGUUCGUUUAUUCUUUUCUGGACACUCUCAGAAUAUUCUCAGAUGCUUGUGUGUUUCUGUUUGAUCGUCUGAUAAAUGUUUAUUUAUUUUAUCUUUUAUCUCUUUAUGCCCAGAGCAUAUCAGCUUGAAACCAAUCUACAGCUUUCGACAUUUCAAGCACCUUUAGACAUAAAGACAGUGUAAAUAUAUAUAUAAAUAUAUAUAUAUAUAAAUAAAUAUGUCUAAUGUGCCAUUUUCUAUGAAGACCAAGAUGUGCAGUUGACCCUGUGUAGAAGAAGGUAUCCUCAAAGCUAUCGGCUUUAAGCACAUGAUGAUAGAGGGACAGUGUUGCUGCCACAGUGUUCGUUGUGUGUGCAUUUGCGUCGUCCAAUAGCUUGAGUGUGCUGCUCUUAGGAUCCACUACAGUCGGACACACUGGAAUACUGAAUCUUACUGUGAGAAGAAAGCCAUUCCGAGUCUCCAAACAUCCCGGACCUCGCACUAAACCCAUCCCACCUUAGUGGAUGUUGUUGAUGUUUAGCCUAUCUGCUAAAUGACCACACAUGGCUAGAAUCUACUGUAUAGUGUCCUCCUAUAUCCUUCAGUGACCUCUCAGUGUUCAAGUGAAGUAGAUCUUUACUACACGUGUUGUUCUCAGAGCUUGAAACCUCCUACAUGGAAAGAAACCACUAGGAAUAUAAUCACAGAGAAGCCUGAAAGGGAUGCUGUGCAGCCUCACACAGCGUCUGAAGAAAAAGCACUCCAAAUAGAGGAUCAUUGGGAAGUCCAAAAGCUGAAGCUCCGCCUCCUCCUCCUGCUGCUGCUCCUUCUUCUUCUUGAUCACUGCUAUCUGCUUUUAGUCCUCUUCAUUUCACUGAACUAGAUCCUCACUUAGACCCAAGUGCUGCCUUUUGAGCUGCUGUAUAGAUUUUAUAUAACAUACUGGAUACUCUGCGUGUGCCCUGAUUUGUCUGACAUCCAAACUGGUUGGUGAGUAGUUGACAAACCUGCACUUAAAAUCUCAUCUCAUCCAUAAUUUUACAAAAUGUAGCUCUAAUGUUACUUUGUUAGUAAGGAGAUAUUUGAUAUUUUACCCCUGUCUGACUGCCCUGUAGACCCACUGUACCCUGUACGCUUCUGUUUGUCGGCUUUAGCUUAUUUCCUUAGGCUGAUUAUGCUGAUGCUACAUUAAGAAUUCACUAAAAGUGUUCACAAAAAAAAGAGUUUUAUAAGAUUUCAAUUCAGUAUAUAACACGAUGAGCGAGUAUUACCUCCAUAUUCUGAAUCUAUUGUGGAUUUAUUUUCCAAUGUACAUAAUUCAAUAUACAAGAUAUUUCUAUUAAAUGUCUUAUUAUACCUGAACUUUAAUGGCUCGUUUCAGAUUCAGCUGGUAGCUUAGUAAUUCAUCCUACGCUUUGUUUCUUUUUAUUGCUGUAAUUGUACGAUUUUACACAGUUGGUAUUACUAUUUCUACAUUUUUGUAAUGUUUUCCCCUUUUCCCUAAGGAUCACCUCCUCUUUGUGAACAUUGGAAUUUUGUGUUCUCCUGUAAUACACUGUCAUAUCAGAAUAUUGUGAACAACUACGUACUUAAUAGUGGAAAUAACAACCAGUGGCUCAAAUGACACUAGAGAAAGGUGACUUGUGCUUUGUUGGGAGGCACUCAAUGUGGGAGAAAUCCAAGCUUUAGAACAUUCUAUUACGUUGGAUGUUUCAUGAAGUGGUUUCUUCAUGACGCUACCACCACAUACCCUAUCAUCACACCCUUCUGGAGAGCAAUUCAACUGAAUCCCAGACAACAUGUCCAUCUGGGGCCUGAAUGGUUGCCCAUGGAUUCCAUGUUGGCCCUACAUUUGGAUGUCAGAGAUGGGUUCCACCAGGGACGUUUUGUAAAUGAAUGAGUUAACCUCUUAAUACUCCAAGACUAAUGACAUCCUAGUCAUAUUAUUCAAUUACUAUAGAUACUUAUCUGCAAACUGAUUGGUUCUAUUGUUCAGUUUUACAAGUCUGUAAUGACUAUUGGUUUAACAUAGGUACCAUCUGGGUGGUACACUGCACAUAGGGGCCUGGACGAGACCUCUGUGAGUUUAGGGUGGACUGUAAUGAUGGAGAACCCAUUUGGAAAGCCCAAUCAUGUCCUAGUAACAAUACAUUUACAAACCCACUCAUAGCCCAUAUCUAGAGAUGAUUCCAAACCAGUGAUGGUCAUAAUGUUCUGAUAUGACCGUGUAGUUGUCAUGUUUACAUUUGAACCAGUGAUUAUUUCAAUAGCAACACAAGGGCAGCUUCCAUCCCUCCAUGAGUUGUGGAUUUUGCAGUUCUGAAUCAGGCAGUGCCUGAAGGAUUUUUUGAACUGCUCUUAAAAACUAGCUAUAAUGUUAGGAAUUAUAAUUUGCUUAAGUUGUAAUCAUUUAUUUUUGCAAAUCUAAGCUAAUGUAAUUUAUUGAUAAAACGCUACAGGAUCACAUUUAUGCCAAAAAAAAAUAAUUAAAAAGUGCUCCAUAUGUAUUAGAGUACUCCAUUUGACAACAAUAGGACCAUUUACUGGUUUAUUUAUUAGCCUAAAAAUUACUUUGCGAUAAUCAUUUUAUCUUUUAUGUCUCUUAUUUGUAAGCUUGUCACUCUGAUGAAAGUUUAUGGUGUACUUUAUUGUACUUUAUUGUACUUUACAGUACUUUUGUCCACUCUGAAGCAAUGAAAACAACGGCUGUAGAUUUUAAUUGAGGCUGUAGUCUGUGAGCUACCAUGCCAUGAUUUUUAUACAGUACAUGUUAACAGUUAAAAGCAAUAGGUGAACUUUUUAAAGCCCUUGGGUUUUUACUCUGUUUCUUUGCAGUGGGGAACUUUGAGAGGGACGGGAUGACGAGAUGGGUCUCUGUGCCUGGGCUGACUGUGGGGGGUGGUGGUGAUAAAUCAUGGUUCUGUUCUUUCUCUUCAGCCACACAAAACAGGCAGCUGCUCGUUAUUUUUUUGAGUAAAUGACAUGAUCAGUGAUGUCUGCCUCUGUUACCUUAGUGCUCACCUUCUCUCUAACUGUGUACCCUGUUGUAGUUCAGCAGCCUGCUCCCAUUUCAGAGGUAACACAACCAGUGAAGGUACAGAACUGCUUCUCUUAACAUCGCAUGUUCUAAGCAGAGCUUUUACCAGCUUUUAUCAGUGUAUUUUGUUAAGUCAUAGUCGCAUGGAGGACCCUGAAGUGCCAUGUGUCCCCAUUCCAAGUUCCAGGACAGUAAUACUUGAUGCCAUGUUUUUGUUCAUAGAAGAUUACUGCUGUCACUCAUGUUGGCCUGUAAAUACACCUCAAAAAUGACACAACCGUUCAGAGAAAUACAAUGAAAGUUCAUUCCAAAA